AAUCUGCGUCAAAUCGAGGCCGGACCCAAAGAGAUCGAACCGAAACCACCUCGCGAUUUCUCGGGGGGAAAACCCCUAGAAACCGAGAACCACCCCUCUUUGCCGAGCCUUGCCUUGUCGCCGCCACCAUCGUCGCGGCGGACCUAGGGUUUCAAUCUCUGCGGAGGACCUCGCUCGGGCUCGGUCUUGAUUCGAUGGACUUCGACGAGUACGAGUAUCUGGAGAAGACGGUGGAGAGCCAAGACGGCCGCGACAACUCGUCCAAGCCGAAGAGGAGCAAGGAGGGAGCUUCGGAGAAGAGCGAGAAGAGCUACAGGAAGCGCGACGUGGACGAGGACGUGGACGGCGAGGAGCGGAGGAGCAAGAAGUCGAGGAAUGGGGAAGAGGAGAACGGCUCCAGGAGAGUCCGAGACCGCGAACGCGACCGCGACGAGAAAGACAGGGUUUCCCGCAGGGACAAGGACCGGCAUAGGAGUGGCAGGGAGGGUGACAGGGACAGGGAUGGGGAGAGAGAAAAGGAUCGCGAGCGAGAACGGAGUAGUAGAGAGAAGGAGAAGGAGAAAGAUAGAGAUAGAGAUAGGGAGAGGGAUAAGGAGAAGGAGAGAGAGAAGGAGAAGGAGAGGGAGAGGAGGGAGAAGGAGAGGGAGAGGAGGGAGAGGGAUAAGGAGAAGGAGAGAGAGGAGAAGGAGAAGGAGAAGGAGAAGGAGAAGGAGAGAGAGAGGGCGAGGAGAAGCAGUUCGCGGAGGAGUCAGAGCCCCAGCCGGUCGCAGAGGAGCAGCAGCCGCUCGCGGAAGCAUGAUGGUGAUUUCGAUAGGGAAAGAGAGAUCGAGUUUCGCGAUAGCAGGAGAUUUAAGGACAAGAAAGAGGCGGUGGAACCUGAAGCUGAUCCAGAAAGGGACCAGAGAACUGUUUUUGCUUACCAGAUGCCUCUAAAAGCAAACGAGAGAGACGUGUAUGAAUUUUUCUCAAAAGCUGGCAAGGUAAGGGACGUCAGGUUGAUAAUGGACAGGAAUUCAAGGCGUUCAAAAGGUGUUGGGUAUAUUGAAUUUUAUGAUGCAAUGUCAGUCCCAAUGGCAAUAGCGCUCUCUGGACAACUACUUCUUGGGCAACCUGUGAUGGUUAAACCUUCGGAGGCUGAGAAGAAUCUUGUUCAGUCUACCGCCACUGGUGCUGCAGGUACUGCCGGAGCAUAUGGAGCCACAGACAGGAAACUCUACGUGGGGAAUUUACAUUUUAAUAUGACAGAAAGUCAUCUGAAAAGUAUUUUUGAGGCUUUUGGUCCUGUUGAGCUGGUGCAACUGCCCCUUGAUCCAGAGACUGGACACUGCAAAGGCUUUGGGUUUGUUCAAUUUGCUCAGCUUGAACAUGCUAAGGCUGCUCAAAGCGUAAAUGGGAAGUUAGAAAUUGCUGGCCGUUUUCUCAAGAUUUCUUCUGUAACCGAUCAUGUUGGAGCACAAGAUACUACAGCAAAAUCUGCAGAUUUGGAUGAUGAUGAGGGUGGAUUGGCUUUGAAUGCUCAGUCGCGAGCAUUACUAAUGCAGAAGCUGGAUCGAACUGGAAUUGCCACCAGUAUUGCGGGUUCACUUGGAGUCCCUGCACUAAAUGGAGCUCCAAAUCAACAAGCCGGCAGCCUGCCUUUGAACAAGCAAGCUGCUGUUCCUAUGCCUAUGCUUCCUGCACAAGUUAUUUCUGCAGCCACUGAAGCUGUUGGAAGCCCGACUGAGUGCUUGCUGCUGAAGAACUUGUUUGAUCCAGCCACUGAGACUGAACCUGAUUUUGAUUUGGACAUAAAGGAGGACGUGGAAGAAGAAUGUUCUAAAUUUGGCCGGGUGAAGCAUAUCUACGUGGAAAAAAAUAGUGCUGGUUGGGUGUAUUUAAGGUUUGAAAAUGUACCAGCUGCAAUGAAUGCUCAGCGUGCAAUGCAUCUGAGAUGGUUCGCAGGGAGGUCAAUAUCGGCAAUAUUUAUGCCACCCCAUGAGUAUGAAGCAAAGUUCAAGGGUGUAGCCUGAUCUGGAUUGGAUGAAGGAUUUUUUUUAGGAACAGUUUUGCUUUGUGUUUGACGGUCUCGUGUUUUGAAAAUUUAUGUGCUUGGAGGGAUCUGUAACUUUUAUCUGUCUCUUGGCUCUAGGAUGGUAAGUUCGGAUAUGUACCGAUUGUCUCGUUGUGUAUUGUCAACAUGGAAAAUAAUUUGAUGAGGCGGCGAGCAGAUGUAAUUCUUGUUCUUAUCGUUGCCUUCCGUGGUUA